GUGGGAGAUUCUGUCUCAACGGGCACCUUCGUUGGAAAAAAUGUGAAGGUCGGAACCGACGAUGGCAGCGAGGUGGGUACAAAGGACGGCUCUUUGCUGUCUGUAGGCCUCCGGGUCGGCUCAACAGAAAGUGUCGGAAGUCGCGUCGGCGUCGGUGAUGGCAAGGAUGUCGGAGCCGAGGAUGGCGUAUCCGUGGGGAAAAUGGUCAUAUUCGGAUUGUAA